AUGGUUGGGAAGUACAAAAAAGUGGUGAUGCAAGAACGAUCAAUAGAAUAUUUAAAACUCGAUACUGAUCUGGAUAAGAUACCCAGCUGUCUAGAAUUUUCUAAAGAUAGACAGAUUCUGGAGGGUGAGUUAUAUGGAAUGGACAAACCCUUCUCAGUUUUCAGUAAUAAGGGUAAGCUACAGCAAUGUGACAAUGCUCUUAGGGCAGCACUAAGCUCAUCGAUCUGUAUUGGAGCUUCUUCUAAGGAUGGUUGUGUUCUGAUGAGCUACAAGAAUUUGGGGACUACAGUAAAUGGGCCGUGCUUAUAUCAAGUGGAUCCAUCAGGCAGUUUCAAAACAGUUGAAGUUAUCGCAGGAGGCGUAGAAUAUGAUAAGGCCAGGAAGUUUGUGGAGAGACGACUGAGUGGAUUGGAUGACAAUAUCGCAACCUGUUUUCAUGCUCUUAGAGAAUAUUCAGGAGCAACAAUUAAUCCCGAGGACAUCAGUGUUGGAGUUUUUUUGUCUAAAACCGGAGAAUUUAAAGUGUAUGAUAUGGAGGGUAUCAAGGAGAUAUUUGAAUCAAUUGAAGAAUAA